AUGGAUGAGUUCCCUCCCGAGUAUGUCGAAGCGAGCAAUGCAGGGCGAAUCGUCGGGAUAGUAGGCACUUUCUGCUUCAUCGCCCUGACAUUUGUCUCUCUGCGUAUUUAUGUCCGAUUAGCUAUUCUAAGGACCUUUGGGGCUGAAGAUGCGCUCAUCAUCCUCGUUGCUAUUCUUGCCCUGAUCUCUUGGAUCUGCCUAGUCCUCCAGAUACCGUACGGCCUCGGACGUCAUGGCUUGACCAUAUCGAUAGAAGACCGAACCAAAUUCGAGCGCAUAACAUUUUGGAAGACGGUGUUAUCGGAUGGCUUCGCAUUGGGACUUUUGAGAAUAUCAAUGGCAAUCAGUCUACUACGAUUGAAGCGGGACUUGAAAUGGUACCGCUGGUCACUCUACGCUAUCGUUGCCUUCGUGGUUGCGUAUUCUAUUCAAGCAAUCUCCUGGCUUUUUGUCUACUGCACCCCAUAUUCAGGGUGGUGGGAGUUUCAAUGGAUGAAUCCCUUCGAUCCAAGAUGCCACGACUUCAACUUGUUCCUCAACUUAACAUACUGGAAUGUUGCCUGCAACAUCUUCACCGACAUCUGCUUGGGAGCAUUACCCAUUCCAAUAAUCUGGCAUCUGAAGAUGAGGUUCCGGGUCCGGCUCUACGUGAUAGGCAUCCUCAAUCUUGGAUAUUUCGCAGUCAUCAUGGGCAUCCUCAAGGCCGUCUUCAUGCUUACCACCGGUGGCAGCCCCGAUGCCAUUUUCGACUAUUGGGUUCACUUCUGGCAAAAGUACCUCCAACUCAACAUCGGCAUCAUCGCAGCUUGUGCCUCAUAUCUGAAGCCCCUCUUCGGACGUAUGUUGAAGAUCAAUAGCACGAUGGACUACUACCCCAACAACGAGCGAUAUGGUCGCAGCGGCCAAACGCCCCUGGGUGGCGCUGGAUCCCGUAGCAAUGCCUAUGCUAGUGCCAGGAGAACGGGCAUACCCCUGGAUCUGAGUGUGCAUGACGAAUUCGAGAUGCACACCAAGGAUGAUACUCGCGUCGUAGAGCGGCAGGUCUCCGUCGUAGGUUCGAGAGGCAAUAUGGUACGGUCGCCGGUGGCGAUGGAAGGCCGGUCGUCUGCGGAAGCUGUGUACACGGGGUGCUUGCCGUCUGAUACGAAUAGCGAAGAGAUUAUACUGGAUAAGGGACAGCGGGGUAUCUUAUGUACCAGAGACUUCACUGUUAAGUAUAGUGAGAACGAUAAUGCGAGAUGUUGA